CGCGGCACGUGGAUAACAUCUGAACACGGCAUAAUGUCCGUGGGCGUGGCGUAGUGUUUGGCCGGAGCAAGGAGUCUAUUCUGGAUAGCCAGGCAAAUACAAUCUUGCGUUUCUCAGACUAGUGGAUUCGAUCAGUGCUCGGCAUUGCUGUAGCUUGCACCUUUUUAGCCACCGAAAUAGACUAGACAGUAGAAGCCAAACCUGCUUUAUUUGAUGCUUUAGCAAACACAGUCGGUUUUGUGUGAUAAUGGGUGUGGAAAUUGAAACAAUAUCCCCAGGAGAUGCAAGGACUUUCCCAAAGAAGGGCCAGACGUGUGUUGUCCAUUAUACAGGUAUGCUGCAGAAUGGCAAGAAGUUUGACUCUUCUCGAGACAGAAACAAGCCCUUCAAGUUCAAGAUCGGGCGACAGGAAGUCAUCAAGGGCUGGGAGGAAGGAAUCGCACAGAUGAGCGUGGGCCAGCGGGCGAAGAUCACCUGCACGCCGGAUAUGGCCUAUGGAGCCACAGGUCACCCCGGUGUCAUUCCCCCCAACGCCACCCUCAUCUUUGAUGUUGAGCUCCUUAAGCUGGAGUGAGUGACCCCUCUCUGGGGUCAGGGGUGAAAGGUCAACUGAGGCCUAAAAGGUCACUCACUACCUUCCCUUUGAGGGGGUAACACUGCUCCAUACCAUCGACCAAUGCUCCUUUUGAGUUUUAGCUUCUUCAACUUCUCACCAGUUAAAGGAUCUACUGCUUUGUUGCCAACUUUGUGUCAUUGUAGAUGGCUGCUGUCUGCCGCUAAACUGAUUUUAGACCUUUCACACACUGAUGAUACCAUAGUUUGGCUUCCUCUUUGUUUUAAUGUUUUGAAUGUCCAUGAGCAUUGUUUUUAUUUUUCUAAAUGUUUCCCUUUCAUUUUAGGUUGUACAUUUUCUUUAAUCUCUGUGUAUGACAAAGAAACAUCCGAUGAAUGCCGUAAUAUUUUACAAUGGAAAGUCACUGCCUUACUGUUUUUCAAAGUUCAAAUAAGGUGUAACAGUACAACACUCUGUAUUUCAGGGUUCCUCUACUCCGGUUGGGAGAGCUACUGGGAAUGGCUUUUGUUCCAGCCUAGUACAAAUGCAGAUUGAAGGUGUGUUCGUGCUGGUCUGGAUCAAAAGUCUACACACUCCAGUAGCUCUCCAGGACCAGAGUUGGAGAACCCUGUCGUAUCUUGCCUGGGCAUUACCAAACACUUGUCUGCAUUGCCACUUUUGAUAAAGGUCUGUCCUGCUGAAAGCUUUAAUGGUCAGGAGUUUUCCUUAACCAUGAGACCUCCCUAAGUAACAUCAUGUAACACUCUAAAACUAGGGCUACAACUAGGGCCUGCAAUUGUUCCUGGUCAGGUCACAUGGUGAUGAAAAACCCCUGCCCUGCAUUAAGGAUAACUGAUGUUUAUGUGUUUAGUACAUUUUGUAUCCCUGGUAAACAUUUACUGCAAAAAUGCCACAUAUGAACAAAUGAAGGACAUCAGAAACCCAAAUCUACUGUACAGUACUACUCUUAAAACCUAUGAAUACUAUGACUGUUUAAUCAAUCAACUCUUAAUAAAAAUUGUGAAAAAUGUAUUUAUUGAAAA